GCAUGGAUGGCCCUUUUUUUUUGUUUUUGUUUUUUUUACGUGUUUAAUCACUUGGGUGAAGGGAACAUUGCAGAGAAAAUAAAUAAAUUACGAAAUGAGUGACCAAGCGUGCCCCUCAAUUCAUCCUCUCUUUCCUUCAGAAUAAAGAUUCCCACAAGUCCAGAAAGAGAAAGCAAUCAAGAUUGAUUCGCUAUGGAGCCGGAUUUGGUUGAAACGGACAAAAAAAGAAAGAGAAAUGUUUCUAUAGGCUCUACUCUGCAGUGGAGCCAAUGGCAGCUCCUGGAUUCUAUUCUCCCAACAGGUGGGUUUGCUCAUUCUUUUGGUCUUGAGGCAGCCAUUCAGGCACGUUUGGUCUCAGGCCCUGAUGAUCUCAAAACUUUCAUUAUUCAAUUGUUAGACAACACUGGGAGUUUACUCCUCCCCUUUGUUUACUCCACAACUCUGAAUCCAACUUUAGAUAACUGGCAGAAUCUUAACAGAAUCUUAGAUGCAACUUUAACAAAUGAAGUUGGUCGAAAGGCAUCAGUUUCACAAGGAUCCGCCCUCAUGAGAGUGGCCGCUGCUGCCUUUACUGACGUUCCAUCACUUAAAUCGAUGAGAGAUGUUUCUGUUGGUUCUGGGGUUGUUCCUUUCCACCAUGCUCCCGUGUUUGGGCUUAUUUGUGGACUUGUGGGGAUGGACAGUGGAACCAGUCAAAGAGCUUACAUGUAUGUGACUAUGCGAGAUGUUAUUUCAGCUGCAACAAGGUUGAAUUUAGUCGGACCUUUGGGUGCUUCUGUGUUGCAGCAUCAGAUUGCUUCUGUUGCUGAAGCUAUGUCCAAGAAAUGGAUGGACCGUCCCGUUGAGGAUGCGUGCCAAACAGCCCCUUUACUUGAUACCCUUCAGGGCUGCCAUGGCUACUUGUUUUCUAGGUUGUUCUGUUCUUAAAGGACCUGGCAUAGUUGGGUGUACUGUUUUGAAUUUCUGCAUCAAAUUGAGUAUAAUUUCUCAAUCGCCUUCCCUAGUAUCAUCACAUAUACUUGCCUGUAAUUGACCCUAAAUGAAACUAAUGCUUACAUCAGUUUACUUCUGUCAAUGUUGAAAGUUAAUAGGAUCCUUCUUAAUUGUCUACCAUUCAGAAAUAAUUGGAGAAACCAAAAUAGUACAGAUUC